AUGUUGUUCUCGAAAAGUCGAGGGACGCUGCCCCCCCAGGUUGGAGCUUCAAUUGGAAUUCUACCAAACGGAGCCCGCGUGUUAGAUCAACUUCAACUUUAUGACGCCGUUGAGAGUCUUACUGAACCCCUCAGCACAGCAACCAUUGGCUAUGCUGAUGGAUUUAGCUUUAGCAGCUCUUAUCCCAAGAUUAUCAAUGAAAGAUUUGGCUUCCCUAUCGCAUUCCUCGACCGACAAAAGUUACUGGAGAUCUUGUAUCUCAGGUACCCACACCACGAGAAAAUUCGUCUCGGGGAAAAAGUUACUAGUAUUGAGAAUCUCGACAAUAUUACAACAGUCACGACUGAAGAUGGCUCCAGCUAUCAAGGCAACUUGGUCAUUGGUGCAGAUGGUGUCCACAGCAUGGUUCGUCAAGAAAUCUGGAGAUUCAGCGAGGAAUCCAACCCAAGCUCAAGAACAGUACAGGAGAGAUCUGAUCUCACAGCGGAAUUUCGAUGCAUCUUUGGCAUCUCAUCUCCCAUAAAGGGGUUGAAUGCUGGGGAACAAGUGAAUUCGAUUCUCAAUGGUGUCACUAUCGUCACGAUCCACGGCAAGAAUGGGCGCUUGUAUUGGUUUGUCAUUCAGAAGUUGGACCAAAAGUACACAUACCCGCAUUUCCCCCGCUACACCAAAGAUGACACCCGCGUCGCAGCGGAGCAAUUGAAGCAUUUACGAUUUCAUAAACAUCUCACCUUCGGACAAUUAUGGGGGAAUCGGGAGACCGCUUCGAUGACCACUCUGGAGGAAAACACUUUCAAGACCUGGCACCAUGGUCGCUUGGCACUGUUGGGUGACAGUGUUCACAAAAUGACACCUAACAUUGGCCAGGGUGCUAAUAUGGCCAUUGAGGAUGCAGCGGCAUUAACGAAUCUACUGCGAGAUUUGCUUGCAUGGGGAGGUACAUCACUUCCGACCGAUACGCAAAUCGACACACUUUUGCACCAGUACCGUGCCAUCCGGCAUGGAAGGGUUUACUCCAUUUAUCGUAGCUCACGCUUCUUGGUUCGGUUUCAAGCUCGAGACGGUUUGAUUAAUUCGUUAUUAAGCCGAUACUACGCACCUCAUGCUGGGGAUCUUCCGGCUGAAAUGGCCUCCAAAACCAUUGCAGAUGGUGUGAUGUUGAACUUCCUACCUCCACCCAAACGCAGUGGGGCUGGCUGGGAGAAAUACCGGAAGAAAGAACGCCUUUGGAGCUGGAAUAUUCGCAUUGCAAUUGUCCUCAGACCAGUGGAUUAUCUACUAUCUAUUCCAGGCAAAGACAUCAGGGGUAAAUUGAUAGAUGCGUUCAACGAAUGGCUCCAGGUACCGCCGGAGAAGCUAGCCAUUAUCAAGGGUAUAAUUGACAUGCUUCACACGGCAUCUCUACUCGUUGAUGAUAUCCAAGAUGCGUCGAGGCUCCGUCGAGGCCAUCCUGUUGCCCAUGAAAUUUUCGGUGUCGCCCAAACCAUCAAUUCCGCGAACUACGCAUAUUUCCUCCAGCAAGAGAGACUGAGAGAAUUGAAUGACCCACGCGCAUUCCACAUUUUUACCCAGGCUCUACUUGAUCUUCAUCGGGGUCAAGGGAUGGACCUUUACUGGCGCGAUUCCAUCGUCUGUCCUACUGAAGAGGAAUACCAUCGAAUGGUCAUUUAUAAAACGGGAGGAUUGUUUCGACUGGCAUUGGAAUUAAUGCAGACACAAAGCAUGGUCACGACGGACCUUUCCAAACUUAUAGAUUUAUUGGGCUUGAUUUUCCAGAUUCGUGAUGAUUAUAUGAAUCUCCAGAGUGGAGAGUAUGCCGAGAAAAAAGGAUCCAUGGAGGAUUUGACAGAGGGCAAGUUCUCAUACCCCGUCAUCCACAGCAUUAACGCGGUGCCUGAGAACACGAUACUCGUUGAUAUUCUCAAACAACGCAGUGAGGACAAUGAGAUCAAAAUGCGAGCUGUGCAGUACAUGGAGUCAACGGGAAGCUACGCAUAUUGCAGGGAAGUAUUGAGCCGUUUGAACAAGCAAGCGCGUAGUCAUGUUGAAGAUCUCGAGGCUUCCCUAGGUCCUAAUCAUGGGGUUCAUUUCAUUCUCGAUCUCCUUCAUGUUGAUGUUUCAAAUCGGAAAACCUACAAGUAA